AUGGCAGCCGCAGCUCGAAUUCUGAGAAUUGGUCUCAUCCCCGGCGAUGGAAUCGGCAGAGAGGUCAUUCCCGCCGGCCGUCAAAUCCUUGAAGCUCUACCUAGCUCCUUUAACCUCAAAUUUUCAUUUAUAGACUUGGAGGCUGGAUUCGAGACUUUUCAGAAGACUGGAAAGGCCUUACCGGAUAAGACAGUUGAGGUUUUGAAGAGUGAUUGUGAUGGUGCGCUUUUUGGUGCCGUUAGCUCUCCGACUACGAAGGUUGAGGGUUACUCAUCGCCAAUUGUAGCAUUGAGGAAGAAAUUGGAUUUAUACGCCAAUGUUCGCCCGGUAAAGUCUGUUAAAGGGGCGGCGAUUCCCGUGGACUUGGUUAUUGUGAGAGAGAAUACUGAAGACCUUUAUGUGAAGGAAGAGAAAACCUACACCGCAAAAGAUGGCACCAAAGUGGCCGAGGCGAUCAAGAGAAUCAGCGCCAGAGCUUCGCAGCGUAUCGGCAAGAUCGCCUUUGAAAUCGCUCUUAAGCGUGCCUCUAUUCGUGGUCCGAAUUCUGCGGUUUCUCCGCUCGUAACUAUCACUCACAAAUCCAACGUUUUGUCGCAAACCGAUGGCCUGUUCCGUGAGACCGUUCGUGCGGUAUUCGAGGAAAACCCUUCAUACUCUUCAGUUCGUUGCGAGGAACAGAUCGUGGACUCCAUGAUCUACAAGCUUUUCCGCCAACCAUCUUACUUUGACGUUGUCGUCGCGCCAAACCUUUAUGGUGACAUCUUAUCCGAUGGUGCUGCGGCUUUAGUUGGAUCCUUGGGCUUGGUCCCUUCUGCUAAUGUCGGUGACGGGUUUGCUAUUGGUGAGCCUUGUCACGGCUCUGCCCCGGAUAUCAUGGGUAAGGGUAUCGCGAACCCCAUUGCCACAAUCCGUAGCGUGGGACUGAUGUUGGAGUUUAUGGGCGAGACCGAGGCUGCUGGGAAGAUCUACAAGGCUGUCGACGGUAGUCUUGUAGCAGGAGAGCACUUGAGCCCCGACGUGGGUGGUAGUGCUAAGACUCAGGAUGUGGUGGAGGAUAUCUUGAAGAGGCUGUAA